AUUACAUUAUAUCCAAAGCAGAUACAGAGGUUGUAUUCUCUCCCUGCUGCAGGAUAGAUUGGUUGGGGUUGAGAUAAUGGGGUUCCACCGGACCUUUGGCACAUGGAUCUUCAUUCAGCUUGGUUGUACAGUUGCUCUUCCAAAUGUCGCUCGAGAUGCUACAGUGAGGGACUGUUCCAUAAACCCACCGUAUCUCCCAGCCACAGCGAAGAAUACCACACAAGAGCUUCACAACCUUCGGUGGCAAAUGAGAACUCAAAAUAUCAGCGCUUAUAUUAUUCCAGCUACUGAUGCACAUUUAGGGGAAUACAUAGCUGCUCGAGAAAAAAGGAGACAAUGGUUGACUGGCUUCACAGGAUCCUCAGGCACUGCUGUUGUGACUCUCACUCGAGCAGCGGUGUUUACAGACAGUCGAUACUGGACGCAAGCAAAAAGAGAGAUGGACUGCAACUGGGAGCUCCAGGAGACAAUAUCAAAUAGUGCAAUUGUAUCGUGGAUCCUGGAAGAAGUAAAACAUGGAGAACAAAUUGGGUUUGAUCCCUUCCUGUUUUCUAUCGAUGACUGGGGGAGUUACAACAAUAUUCUACAAAAUUCUGGAAGGUUUCUGCUUUCGAUACCAACCAACCUGGUGGAAAUAGUGUGGGACAGUCAGCGUCCUCCUCUCCCUGACCAUGAAAUUUAUUCGCUACCCGAUGAGUUUGUAGGAAGUACCUGGCAGGAGAAAGUGGCAAACAUCCGCGACCAGAUGGACAAACAUUCCCAGAAGCCCACCGCGUUGUUAUUGUCUUCUCUAGAAGAGACCGCAUGGCUUUUCAACCUUCGAGGGCAAGAUAUUUCCUAUAACCCGUUCUUCUACUCGUACGCACUGUUGACUGUAGACACCAUCAGCUUGUUUGUUAACAAUAUGACCCGUAUUACCCCUGAUGUUCGAUCUUACCUGAACGCCAACUGUCCAGGGUCCUGUGUGCAACUACUUGACUACCAUUCGAUUCGGGAAACUCUGUCGGACUAUGUGAAGGGAAAUGUCAAAAUAUGGGUUGGGACCAAAUACACGAAUUAUGGACUCUAUGAAAUAAUACCAAAGGACAAACUCGUAGCUGAAGAAUAUUCUCCGGUCAUGAGAACAAAAUCUGUUAAAACACAGAAGGAACAGGAGUUACUGAAGAACUGCCAUAUUCGGGAUGCUGUAGCAGUAAUCCAGUACUUGAUUUGGCUGGAGAAGAAUGUCCCCAAAGGAACUGUUAACGAGGACAAUGGGAGUAGAUAUGUGGAUUGGCUUCGAGAAAAACAGGCAUAUUUUAAGGGUCCAAGUUUUGCCACUAUUUCUGCCGGAGGUUUGAAUGCAGCUCUUCCUCACUAUAGAGCAACCAAUGAAACCAACCGGUUAUUGUCCGUAAAUGAAAUGUACCUCGUUGACUCCGGGGGACAAUAUCUUGAUGGCACGACCGAUAUCACAAGAACCGUUCACUGGGGAAAUCCAACGGAGUUAGAAAAGGAGGCGUAUACACGUGUCCUGAUAGGAAACAUUGAAUUAACCAAGCUUAUUUUUCCUCCACGAACAUCUGGAAGGGUGAUAGAGACGUUUGCCAGAAGAGCUUUGUGGGAAGUAGGGUUGAAUUUUGGCCAUGGUACAGGGCAUGGAAUUGGCAACUUCUUUUCAGUCCAUGAAUGGCCUGUAGGAUUUCAGUCCAGUAAUAUCGCUUUCACUAAAGGAAUGUUCACAUCCAUUGAACCCGGAUACUACCAUGAUGGACACUUUGGAAUUCGUAUCGAAGACAUAGCUUUAGUAGUAGAAGCACAAACCAAGCAUACAUUUGGAGGUGAGAAGUAUCUGACAUUUGAGACUGUAUCCUUAGUCCCUUAUGACAGGAACCUCAUUGACACCAGUAUUAUGACGGAGCCUCAGAUCAGUUAUGUGGAUAAACAUUAUGAGAAAAUCAGAAAUGUUGUGGGACAGGAACUGAAGAACCAAAAGCUUCAGGAGGAAUACGACUGGCUGGUGAAGAACACAAAGCCUUUGUCCAAUGGAUCGUUCGUUAUGGCCUCUCUGGCUUUGUUAUUUUCCACUUUGGCUGCAAAUUUGUUCCUACAGGAGGCAUCUGUAUAAAUAAAACUUAAAA